AUGCCCGGCUUCGACUUCUCAAACCACACCCGUAAUGCCGCCCUCCAUGCGAGAGGCAUGCCGCUGCCCAAAGCUACGUCCACGGGUACCACCAUUGUCGGGUGCAUAUACGAUGGAGGGGUUGUCAUAGCUGCUGAUACGAGAGCUACCAGCGGCCCGAUUGUGGCUGAUAAGAACUGUGAGAAGUUGCACUACAUCGCUCCGCAGAUAUGGUGUGCCGGAGCCGGAACCGCCGCCGACACCGAAUUCACCACCUCCCUCAUCUCCUCCUCCCUCGAGCUGCACUCCCUCAGCACGGGCCGCAAGCCCCGCGUCGUCACCUGCAUGACGCUCCUCAAGCAGCACCUGUUCCGCCACCAGGGCCACAUCGGCGCAUACCUCGUCGUGGCCGGCGUCGACCCCACCGGCGUGCACCUGUUCACCGUGCACGCCCACGGGUCCACGGAUAAGCUGCCGUAUGUCACCAUGGGCUCGGGAUCGCUGGCCGCGAUGGCGAUCUUUGAGACGAUGUGGAAGAAGAACCUCACCAGGGAGGAGGCCAUAGAGCUAUGCAGUCAGGCGAUUCAGGCGGGUAUCUUUAAUGAUUUGGGGUCUGGGAGUAAUGUGGAUGUGUGUGUGAUUACGGAGGAGAAGGCGACACUCAUGCGCAACUACCUCACCCCCAACGAACGUAUGCCGAAGGAGCAGUCGUACAAGUUUGCGCGCGGCACCACAGCGUACCUGAAGGAGGUUGUCAUCGAGAAGAAGGAUCUGAAAAAGUACGUCACGAUUGUGGAUCUGGCGGCGUCUGGGGCUGCGGCGGAUAGCAUGGAGAUUGAUGCUUAG